AAUGUCAAACAGUCAAGCGAAACUUUGUUUUUAUAAAAAAAAAAAACAAAUAUAUUUUAUUGAAUUAUAUUUAAAUAAUGUAACGAAUUAAGAUUUAAUCUCAGUGUUUUUCACAGAGGAGUUAUAAUUAGUUAAAAUAUUUAGUUUAAGCAGUAACAUGCAUAGUAUGCGCUACGCACGUAUGAUCUUGAAGUGUUUCAAUAAAUUACCAAAAUAAAUAACUCAGGUCUUGCAACAUGCUGUCGAGUGAUAUUGUCGAAAACCGCCGUGGUCCCCCCGGGGUCAACUCGAGGUCGCUCAGCUCUGCUCAUUCUGCUGCUGAUCUUGAGAUCCUGCGCGAAAUCGAGAAUGUCUAUUUCUCGUCACCGGCCGACUUCGACGCGGCUCGGUACGUGCUGGAGCACGCGCCCGCACCCCCGACCUGCGAGUCCAUCGAGCAUAUGUUCACAAAGCUCAAGAGGCAGCAACAGGUGGUCUCUGGUAAAGCCCUCCAUUUAAUAUCGCAACAGCGCGACAAUUGCGACAAGGAAUUCGCCGAGAUCCAAAACAUAAGGACCCAGCUAUCCUUAACGUUGCAGACGUGCAGGAAAGCUAGGGAACACUUGCGGACCGCAUCUAACCACCUGACCAUGUCGACUUUCGUCAUAUUAGCCAACUUUAGGAAACGUCAGAUCAUCAGAUCGGUCCUGAAGUGCUUGGAGCUGCUUCGGAGUUUGAGGAGCGUCGAGAAUGACGUCACGGAGCUAUUGAACAAAAAGGACUUUUAUAGCGCCAUCGAGCUAAUCCUGAAGUCAAGGAAGGCAGCGGCCGCACACAAGGAGUACGCUUGCAUCACGGACUUGUCCAAUAGACUCCAAGACACGCUGGUUCUGACCGAGGAGAAACUGGAUUCGGUCCUGUCUAGCUUGUGUUUCAAAUUCGAUAAGGACGUCUUCACGAAGCUGAGGAGGGCUUAUGGCUUGUUGGGGAAGACGCAGGCCGCGAUGGAGCAACUCCACAUGCACUACUCAUCGGCGGUCAACGAGUCCUCAGUAGCAGCCUUGAAAAAGUACACCGGGGAAGCGUCUAUAGACACAAAGUUUCAGGACUUGUGUGCUUCGGUACCGUCGGGCAAAGCGCCCGCUUGCGUCUUAGAUCUGUGCGAGAAUCUCUUUUAUAUAAUGCGUAGUUAUUAUCUGUUGGUCGAUUGGCAUUCGAAACACGACGAAGAGCCAGCUUGCACGAAUGUUUUCGACAUACAAAAGAACGUAAGCCGGGAGUACAUAAGGCAGAAGUUGAAGGCCGGUCUUCUUAGGAUAUGGCACGACGUUCAAGGCAAAGUCUCUAUAUUCUUGAAGAGUUCAGGCCUAGAAGACUAUCCGUUCGAGAAAUUCGUACAAAUAUUAGGUGUGUUAAGGAAACUGACGCAGAUAGGCGAAGUUUUCUGCGGCGAUAAGUCGGACGUGCUAGAGGACUUUAUAAAGACCCAAAGCGUUGUUUACAUACAGAACUAUCAUAGAGGCAGGCUGGAGGAAUUGAAGUUGUUCCUCGAGAACGAAGCCUGGGAACAGUGUCCGGUCAAAUCGACGUUCAAUCUGCUGAAUCUCCAAGAAUUCAAACAGUUCAAGAAGUACCUGAACAGAUCUGAUGGUGUGGUGACGAAAAAUCAAUCGGAGAACGCGUCCUCUGUCACAUCGCAAGACGAUAGCGUUUACGUAACGAAAUAUUUCAAAUACGAUAGCUCUUCGAGCCCGUUCGAUAUGUUUAGAAACGAGAACACGACCAACGAUGAUAUCUUCGGUCUGGAGCCGGAUAUGCCGAGCGACGAUUCCGAAGACGAACCGGACGAGCUGAAGCGCGACUUCGUCGAGGAGAACGACAGGCACGGAUACGCCACGACCGGGAAUAACGAAGCAUUAAGUCCAUCGAAAGUGAGGCACAGCGUUAUCGUUGCCAACACGACGCUGUCCGUGUUGAGGAACUGCGGCCAGUACCUGCAGAUAUGCAGGUACCUGCCUCAAACUGCACUAGAAGUCGUCGUACUGAUGAAUCAAUUGUACGACUAUUAUUUUUAUACGGUCCAUACGUUCUUCACUUCCGAUCUGGAUGUUAGCUCGACGACUUUGUACACGACGAAGCUGACGGCCCUUUUGAAGCGAAUCACGAACAGCCUCGAGAAUGGUGGAAGCGAAAACCGACAUUUUGCAGGCCCAGAACAGCCUCACCACUUGGACUUGAGUAGCGAAUCGAACCUUCACGGCUUGUCCGAACGAAUCGUUGCCGUUGAAAGCGUUAUUUUCUUGGCCAAACAAUACGAAAUGCUCCAACCGUAUCUGGAGACUAUGGUCGCGCCACACCAGCGUCUGAUACUGGAGCACUUCCGCGAUAACACCUUAGCCGUUGUCGCGGAUCUGAGGACUCCGGUGUACAUGUGCUCCGCUUCGAAGUCGAUCGACGCGAGGACCGCUUUGGUCGCGAUGUCGCAAGUCAAAUGGGACGUGAAGAACGUAGCCGUCGAGCACAGCCCGUACGUGGACAUGGUCGUGAGGAAGCUGCAGGUGUACGCGUUAAGGAUCGAGAAUAUAUCAAACAGGGUGACGUUGAAUCGCGAAGUCCUGAAUUCCAUAUGGACCGUUGUCUCGAAAUACGUGAUACACUUGCUCGUUGAGGGCUUCUCGAAUGCGACCAAGUGCUCGAACGGGGGUAGAGGCCUGAUGCAACUAGACUACACGCAGCUGCUGCUGAAAUUGGAGAAGAUAUCCGGUCUGAAGCCGGUUCCGCAUCAGGACUACGUUGACCGGUACGUAAAAGCGUACUAUCUGCCGCGGAAGGGUCUCGAGGAGUUCGUCGUGGAGCACCCGGAGUAUUCGACGAAGCAUUUGGUCGCUCUAGUGUCCUGUGCCUGCGAAAACAAGAAGGACAGGCAGGCCCUGAUCAGUCUGAUCGAAGAGAAGGAGAUACCGAAUUGAAAACUGAACUCAAGGGGUGUGUUUGAUAAUCUCGUGGGGUAUGCAAAUCAAAAGACAAUAGCUUAAACGAUGUACUUAAUUGAAUUAUCGCGUAGAGGAAUAUAUAUAUUUGAAAUAAAUGUUAAAUUAAA